AUGCCCGUUGUCACACCAGAAAAGUUGGCAAGCCUGCAAAGGAAGUCCAAAGACAUUAGAAAUAUUUGUAUCUUGGCCCAUGUUGAUCAUGGCAAAACCUCGCUCACAGAUGCGCUGCUCGCCACAAACGGCAUCAUCUCGCCCAAACUUGCCGGCAAGAUUCGAUACCUCGAUUCACGGCCAGACGAACAGCUCCGAGGCAUUACCAUGGAGUCGUCGGCCAUCUCAUUAUACUUUUCCAUGCUGAGACGAUCUUCAUCCGAAGUCGCUCCCGAGGCCAAGGAGUAUCUUAUCAAUCUGAUCGAUUCUCCUGGGCACAUUGACUUCAGCAGCGAAGUGUCUACCGCCUCGCGACUUUGCGACGGUGCCGUGGUAUUAGUGGACGCGGUCGAGGGCGUUUGCAGUCAAACGGUCACAGUCCUGCGGCAGACCUGGACCGAAAAGCUGAAGCCGCUGUUGGUCAUCAACAAGAUGGACAGGUUGGUGACAGAGCUAAAGAUGACCCCUGUCGAGGCCUACGUGCAUCUGAGCAAGCUGCUGGAGCAAGUCAAUGCUGUUCUGGGAAGCUUCUUUCAGGGCGAGCGUAUGGAGGAAGAUCUCAAUUGGAGAGAUAGGAUGGAGGAAAGAGUGAGUGCGGCAGCUGCAGUCAAAGCAGCAGCAGGUGAUGAUUUCUCUUCAGACUCCGGCGAACUGCAGUUUGAGGAGCGCGACGACCAAGAUAUAUACUUUGCUCCGGAAAAGAACAAUGUCAUCUUCAGCAGUGCCACUGACGGAUGGGCAUUUACUUGUCGGCAAUUUGCCAGCUUAUACGAAAAGAAACUCGGCAUCAAACGCGGGCUGAUGGAAAAACUUUUAUGGGGCAACUUCUACCUCGAUCCAAAGACGAAGAAAAUCCUGGGCCCGAAACACUUGAAGGGUCGAAACCUCAAGCCCAUGUUUGUGCAGCUAGUGUUGGAGCCCGUAUGGACAGUCUACCAGGCAACAUGCGGCGGCGACAAUGGCAAGGGCGACCCAGCUCUGCUGGAAAAGGUCACCAAAUCGUUGAACUUGACUAUUUCGCCACACGUCGUUCGAGCACGUGAUCCGAGACUACUAUUGACAGCCGUGUUUGCUUCGUGGCUACCGCUGUCCACAGCAUUACUCGUCUCUGUUGUCGAGACCUUACCGUCGCCACCUGCUGCCCAGGCAGAGCGAGUCUUGGAUCUCAUUGAGCAGUCGCCUGGCUCAGAAUUUGUCGAAAAGUCUAUAAAGGAAGCCAUGCUGUCGCUUAAACACGAAAAGUCGGACCCCGUAGUUGUCUAUGUCAGCAAAAUGGUUUCGAUCCCGGAAAGCGAGCUGCCAGAGAACAAGCGAAAGCCCGGACAGAUGAGCGGCGAGGAGGCUAGAGAGUUGGCACGCAGAAAGCGAGCCGAGGCUGCCAGAGUAGCGCAAGAAGCAAACGGAGAUGUCCUGAGGGAUCUGGCGGGGGCUUUGGACAAGGCCGAUAUCAGUGACGCUGGGGUGGAAGAACAAAAGGCAGACCCCGAACAUUUAAUUGGAUUUGCACGAAUUUACUCUGGGACUCUAUCAGUCGGCGACAGGUUGUACGUCAUUCCCCCAAAAUGGUCACCAGCAGAUCCAAAAGCAGAGCCGCAGCCACAAGAGGUGACAGUCACGGCGCUGUACUUGCUCAUGGGAAGGAACUUGGAGGCAUUGGACUCGGUACCUGCGGGCGUCGUCUUCGGCAUCGGUGGUCUGGAGGGCAAGAUUCUCAAGUCGGGGACUCUGUGCAGCAAGCUUGACGGAGCAGUCAACUUGGCGGGAGUCGGCGCGACCGGAAAGCCCAUUGUGAGGGUGGCACUGGAGCCGGUGAACCCAGCCGACCUGGACAAGAUGAUACACGGCCUGGAGCUUCUGGUGCAAAGCGACCCGUGUGCCGAGUACGAGCAGUUUGGAAACGGCGAGCACGUGUUGCUGACCGCUGGCGAGCUGCACCUGGAACGUUGUCUUGGCGAUCUCAAGGAGAGAUUUGCGCGAUGCGAUAUUCAGGCUGGAGAAGCCAUUGUUCCUUACAGGGAGACGAUUGUGCGAGCGGAAGAGAUGAGACCGCCGGUGAACAAAGACCUCGGCCGAGGCGCCGUGGUGGCCACCACGACUUCGAAACAAGUGACGAUAUCACUGCGAGUACGACCGCUCCCCUCAGAUGUCAGUGAUUUCUUGCUCAGAAACGCGAAUGCCAUCAAGCGCCUGUACACGGAAAGCAAACCCGGCGACAGCGGCGAGGAUCAGGAGGCGCAUACCACGACAGACGGCCAGGAGGACAAGAUUGUCGCCGACACGGCCGUCACGGCCGCCAACUCGCUAUCCGUCGAAGAGCUCAAGAAGCAGCUCCGAAAGCAGCUCGAGACAGGCAAGGGCCGCGAGGUCUGGAAGAACCGAGUCGAGACUAUCGCGGCAUUUGGUCCCAGAAGAACAGGCCCCAACCUGCUCAUCGACGCCACCAACAAGGGCAUCCUCACAAGAGCGUUUGGAGGCAACGAAGCCAAGCAGCAGCAGCCGCGGCCAAGUGCUCCUCGCGCCGGCGAGGCCCGCCUCCACGCCAGCGACCUAUCCGACAAGAUCACGUACGCCUUCCAGCUGGCCACGGCCCAGGGCCCCCUCUGCAACGAGCCGAUGCAGGGGGUAGCCGUCUUUAUCGAAGACGUAUUGCUCGACAUCGCAGAGGACGACAUCCCAGCCCGCGACAAGCUCAGCCGGCUCACGAGCGAAAUCAUCAAGACGCUCCGGGCUUCCGUGCAGGCAGGCUUCCUCGACUGGUCGCCGCGGCUCAUGCUCGCCAUGUACAGCGUGGAAAUCCAGGCGUCGACCGAGGUGCUCGGCCGCGUGUACGACGUGCUCACGCGGCGGCGCGGGAGGGUGGUGGCCGAGACGAUGAAGGAGGGCACGCCCUUCUUCACGGUGCAGGCGGUCCUCCCCGUCGCCGAGAGCUUCGGGUUCGCCGACGAGAUGCGCAAGCGGACCAGCGGCGCCGCCCAGCCACAGCUCGUCUUUGCGGGCUUCGAGGUCCUCGACCAGGACCCCUUCUGGGUGCCCUUUACCGAAGACGACCUCGAGGACCUGGGCGAGCUGGCUGACAGGGAGAACGUCGCCAAGAGGCACAUGGACCGCGUGAGGCGCAAGAAGGGCCUCUUGGUGGAGGGCAGGAAUGUGGCCACGGACGCGGAGAAGCAGAGGACAAUGAAGCGGUAG